AUGCCUAAACGAUUCCUGAGGAGAAAUGCAUUUUACCUACCAGCGUUAUUCCUGGGCGGAGCGUCCUUGAGCCACUACUUCGCGUCAAAAGAAUUGGACGAAAUAGAAAAGGAAGCAACAAAAUCCAUUUGGGGGUUUUCAACUGGACUAGUCAUAGGCCUAGUAAUAGGCAUUUGCAUAGGCACAAAUUAUUACUACAUUUUUAACAAAAUAUUUUCGCUCUUUGAUUAUUUCAUGAAGGAUGAUUCGGAAGAAAAGGGUGGAUAA